AUGGCCUCCUUCACAGCUACUCCACACAACAUCCCCGUCCAGCUGCCAGACGGCCUCUCAGAAGACCAGCUCCGAUCCUUCAAGCCAUUCACCACCUGGCUUGACACCCUCACCAAAUCUCUCGCGCUGCAGGCAGACAAGUCUCACCCGUUCCACCCCGAUCCGUACGCCCUGCGCAGAGUAACCGUCCAGUCCUAUGACCUCUUCGGAUCAGGUCGCCUUGGCUUCGUCAAGCUCACAGCGGCCGUGUCGAACAAAGCGGGCGAGACACUCCCCGCGGCAGCUCUCCUGCGCGGGCCCAGCGUGGCCAUGCUCGUCAUGCUCGUGCCGGACGACGUUCCCCCGGAUUCAGACGAGCGCUACGUCCUCCUGACGGUGCAGCCGCGCAUCCCCGUCGGCAGCCUGAGCUUCGUCGAGCUGCCCGCCGGCAUGGUGGACGGAUCGGGCAACUUCAAGGGCGUGGCCGCGAAGGAGAUUGAGGAGGAGCUCGGCAUUACGAUUCACCAGGACGAGCUGACGUGCCUUAGCGAGCUCGCAGCGGAUGCAUCUGGGCAGCAGCAACGGGCAACGGCGGCAGCUGGCCAGGGCGAGAACCUAGCGGCAGCCAUGUAUCCGAGCGCGGGCGGAUGCGACGAGCACAUCACCAUCUACAGCUACGAGCAGCGCAUUCCGAGGAGCCAACUGGGCGAGUGGGAAGGCCGGUUGACGGGCGAGCGCUCCCAUGGUGAGAAAAUCACGCUCAAGGUGGUUCCCAUGCACAAUCUGUGGAAGGAGGGCGCUCGAGAUGCAAAGUGUCUCGCCGCGCUAGCGCUGUGGCAGGGUCUACGCCAGGAGAAGAAAGUGUAG